UCCAUUACAACAUUUUGCCCUAUUCUGCCCAAUUCUGCAACUGCCAUAAACCCUUCCUGAACCUCAAACCAUCCCAAAUUCCACACCCAAAAUGAUUUCAUGAUCAAUUGCAUAAAAAUCAUUCGAAAAAAUGUCAUCUCUGAUUCUGAAAAGAUUACGCAGUAGCAAUUCAAUCCACAAUCCCACCCUCCGAAUCCGUUUAUUCAACCGAUUAUUCCCAUCUUUCUCCAAUCCCCAUUUUCGCAAGUUCUCGAUUCCAAUUCAUAAUCAAUCAGUUUCAGAUACAUCUUUGGUCGAGAAACACAAGGGUUUUCCUUCGUAUUACGAUGAAAAUUGGAGGUUUCGAUGUGGAUUACGUUUAUGGAGCUCACAAGCUGCUGUUGAGGCAUCCAAUUCCGAUGGGCUGACGGUGGAAGGAAUUAUUGCAAAUGGUUGGGUUAUUUAUGAAGAAGAAGAGAGUGAUUGGAAGAGCCACGCCUCUUCCAUUGCUCAGUCAAUUCACUUGAUCAAGAAACGUCUUCGAUGGAAAAAGUUGAUUCCUAAGCUGGAGAUAUUAUCAGAGCAGUUGAAUAAGCCUGACCUAUGGAACGACCCCGGACAUGCUGGAAAGAUAAGCCGCGAGCACGGUUCAAUUAUGGGGAAAAUGAAGGAGGUUAAUGCUUUCGAGCAACAGCUAUUUGAACAUAUUGAUAUGAUAAAGCUUUCUCGUGAAGAGAACGACGCUGAAUUGGAAUCGGAAUCGUUGGAAGCUUUACUUACACUAAGAAGACACCUCAAAGAAAAAGAGCUCGAAGCGUUGUUAUCUGGGGAGCAAGACCCUUGCUCCUGCUUCAUAGAGGUUCAAGCUGGAGCUGGUGGUACUGAGAGUAUGGACUGGGCUUCAAUGGUCAUGCAGAUGUACAAAAAGUGGGCUGAAGGUCGUGGCUUUCGGGUUACCAUUGUAGAUGAAAUGCCUGGUGAGUUGGCAGGAAUCAAGAGAGCUACAAUAAGAGUUGACGGGGAGUAUGCAUUUGGAUAUGCGAAAGCAGAAGUUGGUGCACACCGUUUAGUACGUAUCUCUCCAUUCGACAGCAAUAAGCGCAGGCACACUUCAUUUGCUUCUGUAGCAGUAAUUCCAAUUCUUGGAGAUGAAUUUUCCCAUGUUCAAAUAAACGAGUCUGAUUUAAGGAUCGAUCGAUUUCGGUCAGGUGGGGCUGGGGGGUCUUACGUGCUUCAUCCUUACAGAAUGGUGAAGGAUCAUCGAACCGACUAUGAGGUUUCUGAUCCCGAUUCAGUCCUUGAAGGUGAUCUUGAUGGCUUUAUCUUGAGUUUUCUAUCUGCCGCUUUGGACAAACACGAAGAUUAAGAUCAAGACCACCUCUUAAUCCAACAUUGAUCAUGUUUGGAAAAACUGGAUCUUGUUCUAAUAGCAAUAUGAACUCUCUCUCUCUCAGUUAACAGGGUGAAGUUAAUAUUAUGAAAUAACAACCAAUUAUAUUGGUCAAUUUUUUUAUAAUUUCGUUUUAUUUCGUAUUUUGUGCU